AUGGCCCCAGCACCUGACGUCACAGGACCAGACCCAGACCUACUCCGCAUCUCAGCAGCAAUCCAACUUCCAACAACGCACAUCAGCUUUGUCAAAAUGGACUCGAAAGUAUCAAGACUACCCCUUUUUGGGGGCCCCAGAGCAUGGCACUCCUCCGACUGGACCUCGACUGACGAUCGCGUGCGUGGCGGAUCGUCGCACUCGCACAUGAGCUGCUCCCCCUCUUCUCUGGUGGCCCGAUUCUACGGAAACCUCGACAUCACCACGCUCGGCGGAGCGGGUUUCGCGUCGCAGCGGACGACAGACGAAGAUAGAAGUUGGGAUCUCUCGGGCUACGACGGGUUGGAAGUGCAUAUUGCCGGCGGGGAUGAUAAAUUGUAUACCAUCACGCUGAAGAAUGACACUGCGCCGAAGCGUCCGGAUGGAAGGCAGGAGAGUACCCUGAGCUGGGAAUUUGAUUUCCAUGCGCGUGAUGAGAAAAGGAUUUUCAUUAAAUGGGCUGAUUUUAAGCCUACGUACCGCGGGAAGGAGCAGGAGGAUGUCAAGCCGCUGGAUUUGACUGCGGUGAAGCAGUUCAGUUUCAUGAUACGCAGUUUCUUCGGGGUGCAGGAAGGAGACUUUAGCUUGGAGGUCGUCUCGAUUGCCGCCGUUCGAUACAAGUAUUACCGUGAUGAUCCGGAGGAGGAGGAAGAGGAAUAUGUGAUGGUGGAUGAAAAACUGGGAGCUGUUUCGGAUACUCCAAAGUCGAGAGGCUGGCUUAGUUGGAUUGGGCAGUGUUGUGGCUUGAGCUAA